AUGAGGUCCUAUCAGUUCUUCCUCGUCCUGGUAUUAUGCUGUCAACUGGCUCAUGCAGAGAUUGACAGAAGAAGAUUUUCCAAUCCGACCUAUUACAAUGUUGGAGGUGUUCUUUCUAGCAACGAAUCCAUAGCUUUCUUCAAGGAUACUAUCUCGAAUCUCAAUUUUAAAGAUCAAUACGUACCGCGUGGCGUCACAUAUCAUGAUUAUUCAAUUCUAAUGGACCCUAAUCCGAUAAAAACUGCCCUCAACGUUUGCAAAGAUUUAAUUGCUCAUAGAGUUUACGCAGUAGUGGUUUCCCAUCCGCUAACUGGAGAUUUAUCACCAGCUGCUGUUUCAUAUACCAGCGGGUUUUACCACAUACCGGUCAUAGGGAUAUCAUCGCGCGACUCAGCGUUCUCCGACAAAAAUAUCCACGUUUCAUUCCUGCGCACUGUGCCACCGUAUUCGCAUCAGGCUGACGUAUGGGUUGAUGUCCUCAAGCACUUUAACUACAUGAAAGUUAUUGUCAUUCAUAGCUCGGAUACCGACGGCAGAGCUAUUUUGGGCAGGUUCCAGACAACAUCUCAAAGCAUAGACGAGGACGUCGAUCGUAAAGUCGUAGUCGAACUGGUUAUCGAAUUCGAGCCUGGCCUAGAUUCUUUCACAGAGAGCCUUAUGGACGUAAAAAGUGCCCAAGCCAGAGUAUUUCUCAUGUAUGCAAGUAAAACUGAUGCUGAAAUAAUAUUCCGUGAUGCCACAUACCUCAAUAUGACUACUGUUGGAUACGUUUGGAUGGUUACAGAGCAAGCGUUGGACGCUGCCAAUGCACCGGAAGGCUUAUUAGGAUUGCGUCUUGUGAACGCAACCAAUGAACACGCACACAUUCAGGACUCGAUAUACGUUUUGGCGUCAGCUAUUCGCGACAUGAACACUUCAGAAGAGAUCCACGCGCCGCCGUCGGAUUGCGACAAUUCUGGAUCCAUUUGGACAACGGGAAGGUUAUUGUUUGAUUACAUAAGGAAGCAAAGUUUAGAGAAUGGAGCGACUGGACACGUAGCGUUCGAUGAUCACGGAGAUCGUGUCCAUGCGGAAUAUGACAUGGUGAACGUUAGGGCACAAGGCGAGCACGUCGCGGUGGGAAAGUACUUCUAUUCGAAGGAAACACAAAAAAUGCGUCUGGAAUUGAAGGAACAUGAGAUAAUAUGGAUGGGUCGAAGUACUUCCAAACCUGAGGGCUUUAUGAUACCUACACAUUUAAAGGUUUUAACAAUUGAAGAAAAACCUUUUGUUUAUACUCGACGUAUUGACGACGGUAGCGAAUGUUAUCCGGAAGAAAUACCUUGUCCUCACUACAAUGCUAGCGACGAAACAGGUCAACUUUAUUGCUGCAAAGGAUUUUGUAUGGACCUCUUGAAAUAUCUUUCAAAGGCUAUUAACUUUACGUAUUCGGUGGCUCUUUCGCCGGACGGGCAAUUUGGUAAUUACAUAAUACGUAAUUUAUCCGUUCCUGGAUCUAAGAAAGAAUGGACUGGCCUUAUCGCUGAGCUAGUGUACGAACGGGCGGAUAUGAUUGUCGCACCUCUAACCAUCAAUCCCGAAAGGGCAGAGUUCAUCGAGUUCAGUAAGCCUUUUAAGUAUCAAGGAAUAACAAUUCUUGAAAAAAAGCCUUCUCGAUCGUCGACCUUAGUGUCGUUCUUACAACCAUUUUCUAACACUCUCUGGAUUUUGGUUAUGGUGUCUGUACACGUUGUUGCUCUCGUGCUAUAUCUUUUGGACCGAUUUUCUCCUUUCGGAAGAUUUAAGCUCGCAAAUAUCGAUGGAACCGAAGAAGAUGCAUUAAAUCUAUCGAGUGCUAUUUGGUUUGCUUGGGGCGUUCUGUUGAAUAGCGGAAUUGGCGAAGGCACACCGCGAAGCUUUUCAGCUCGAGUACUGGGUAUGGUCUGGGCAGGCUUUGCAAUGAUCAUUGUUGCUUCUUAUACUGCUAAUUUAGCCGCGUUCCUUGUACUUGAACGACCUAAAACAAAACUUACUGGAAUCAACGAUGCUAGAUUACGAAACACAAUGGAAAAUUUAACUUGUGCGACUGUGAAAGGCUCGGCGGUGGACAUGUACUUUAGAAGACAGGUGGAACUUUCAAAUAUGUAUCGAACCAUGGAGGCAAAUAAUUACGACAGCGCAGAGCAAGCUAUUCAAGAUGUGAAAGAUGGAAAGUUAAUGGCCUUCAUUUGGGAUUCCUCGCGUCUGGAAUUUGAAGCAGCUCAAGACUGUGAGUUGGUGACAGCAGGAGAAUUAUUUGGAAGAUCAGGCUAUGGCGUCGGAUUACAGAAAGGAUCACCUUGGGCAGACUUAGUAACGCUUGCAAUAUUGGAUUUCCACGAGAGUGGUAUAAUGGAGUCACUCGAUAAUCAAUGGAUUCUGCGAAAUAAUAUGUUGAAUUGCGAAGAAAAUGAAAAAACACCAAACACUUUAGGUUUGAAAAACAUGGCUGGUGUUUUCAUAUUGGUGUUGGCUGGUAUAAUAGGGGGUAUUGUACUUAUCGUCAUCGAGGUUGUAUAUAAACGACAUCAGAUAAGAAAACAGAAGAGAUUGGAAAUAGCGAGACAUGCAGCCGACAGGUGGCGCGGAGCCGUUGAGAAACGUAAGUCACUUCGGGCUGCAAUAAUGCCAGCGCAGAGAAGAAUCAAGUCGAAUGGUGUGAAAGAAGCCGGGAGUAUUAGUUUGGUCGUCGACAGAGGAGCGAGACGACGUGACGAGCCUCGAGUACCGAGAUAUCUUCCGGCUUAUACUCCGGAUGUCUCGCACCUAGUAGUUUAGAAUGAGAAAGUGAACAAGCGAGA